AUGAAACACUUUCUGUUGACAAUCGCAGGACCAGAUUCAUCGUAUUCCUCCUUGGAGAUCCACAUUUUAUUUAUUCUGGUGAAGAUAAUUUUAAAUGUAAACAUACCAUUUGCAUUCAUAGAUGAAUCUAUUAUUGCAAAAGAUCGUCAAUGCAUCAUCGAUCUCUACAUGUCAGUUUCAUUUGUCUUUUGUAUCUUUUCACCACCUUGUUUGAAUUUGAUACUGUAUUCAAAUGAAUUAUUGAUUAUACUAUAUACAAUUUCACAUUCUAAACAUCAAUUAAAUGGAUACACUGGAAUGACAUACUAUCUUGAUUUAGCAAAGACCUUUUGUCCUUUUUGGAAUAACGAUGGGCGAACAUCAGAUGAUCGAUAA